CAUCACUGCUGACGCCGCUCCGAUCCGCCUGUCGAUCUCCCGUUGAACAAGAUCCUCCGACCUGGAGAAGGCGAUCUACCUUUCUCCGACUGACUGUACACUUAAAAAAAGUCGUGGUCUUGGUCAGUCGCUCAAAGAGACUGGUUUGACCCCGUCUGCUAAAAACUGUAGCCUACCUCUCAUGCCCGUCCUCCUGCAGAUUCUCACUUUAAAAACACUGAAUAUCCCUUUAAUUCCCCCUUAAAAAACAGAAAACUAUCUCAGUUUUUCUUCUAAAGAAGUACCCUGCCCCUGAUGAAGUGAUAAACCAGCAGAUCGUCUGCAAACACACGAACACGUCGUCAGGAAAACGAUGACAUUAGAGUAAAAAAAAGAAGUACAGACAGAUUUUUUUUUCAGCCACUCGGGGCAAAAAUCUUGAAUUUAACAACAAACAACAGACGAACAAGGUGAAGGAGACGGAGUAAAAGCAAGAUGUUGUUUCAAACUGCAGCAGAGCAUCUCUUCUUUUACGAGGAGGUGCGAUAAACCAGCAGAUCGUCGGCAAAAAAAAGGGAAAAUAUGGCCUCUUUAUCUGGCUGUUAGGAAGAAGUUAACAGCAGAAAGAGAGAGAGAGAGAGAGACAGAGAGAGAGAGAGAGAGUGAGACAAAAAGAGGAAAACAGGCUCGGUGCCCAAAGCAGCAGCUGCUUUGAAACAAGCGGCACAUUAGAGCAAAAUACCCCGAGACACAAAAAGCCCUCGUAACUUCUCACUUCACUUCCAGCGUCUCUGAAGGCUUGUAAAGAACACGCUCACAGUUUUAAGGCUCCUCACUCCACAUCAGAUUUUUUUAUUCUAUCCUUUUUUUUUCCAGGUAGAUCCAUUUAGAGGAUAAAGUAGUCGACUGUUUCACUUUAGCGGCGUGACUGAUUCACCGCCAGCCCGAGAACACAGGAGAUUUGAUGACUGUGUGGAGUACGAGAGGGUCCAUUAACUUUGCUUUGAGUGAGAUUUUUAGCGCUCGGUUUGCUGGUGAAAAAUAAAAAUGUAGGAGGAAACUUCGAGUGAUCCCAGGAGGGUCUUUUCCUUUUCACUUUCCUUUCUCCUCGACGACUGAAUCCAACCGAACCGUCAGCUUCUCACUCACAGACGAAAAACCGCUCAACAGUUCAGACUCAAACUUUUUACUUUUGGAUUUUUUUAUAAUUCAAAAGUAAUUUAUCAUUUAUUUUAAAUGUCGAGCUUGCAGAGUCUUUAUCUUUAUUUAUAAAUGAGUUAUUAAAUCAAUACGUGGUUCCUUUCAGGACUUUAAAGAUCUUCAUGUCGACGCAGAGAUGCAGAUUUUUGCAGAAUUUAAAGAUUUUAAAAACAUGACUUCACUUUUUUUCCCCAUAAAAACUCAAUAUUAUCUAUUUUAUUAUCUUUAUUAUUAUCUCUGUUCUUUAAAGGUGCAGUACGUCGUAUUUAGAGACAUUUAUUUUGUCCCCAAAGGCCGACGUCACUUCGCAAACAGGCAUCGAUAAAUAAAUAUCCCUUUUUCUGCGUAAUUCUCCUUUAUCAUUGAGACCUGGUUUUUUCACGCCCUUAAGAUGUUCGCCAGGUUUGAGACUCGAGGAUCAUGAAUGUUUAGAGUCAACUAGACGACGUCUUAAAGAACGACACGUGGUUUUGACUCGACCUUAAAGUCUGAAAUCUCGACUUUUCCCGUGAAUCUUGAAAACCUGGACCUGCUCUGAAAGAUCUGAAAUUUGACAAUUGUUGACUUUUAAAGUUCUGAAACUAAAUUCUGAUUUUCCUCGACAGACCUGAGACCACAUCGGGACCCUAAAACCAAGUCCUCACCUUCAGUACCGAGUUAAAGUUGUUUUUUAAAACGACUUUCAGGUCGAACUUUCCUGUAAAAACUCGAGACGUGCUCAUCCUCGUACAGAUAUUUAGCUCCUACCUUUUAUAAAAGAGAACCCUCUGUCUUAUUUUAUCCUUUGACUCUCAUCAAGUUUAAAGUUUAAUCUCUGAGAUGUCAUUAAACACUCGGGGUAAAAACCUGCACAUCUGUCUGUCGACAUCCUGGUUUAUUUUAUCAAAUAUUUCAGCUCUGAACUUCGUUUUUGCAGAUUUAUUUGGAUAUUUUUGCUCCUCAGAGUAAAAAUCUGACAUUUUCUGAUGACCCACAUCAUCUCAGACCCAAACCUCGGCCUCUCCUGGCGUUCCCUGAGUCGCAGCUCCGAGGACACUCAGCAAACACGAACAUACGGCCUCUCUGUACGUUAUUUAUUUUUGCUUCUUUUGUUCCCUCGUCUGUACUUCCCUCCUCUUCAUCCUGUUUGCUCUCCUCUCUCCGUCUGGGCAGGGCGACAGAAGGCGGGAAAGAUGGCAGCGCGGGCUCCUCAGUCUUUUUAUUUCUGCGUCUUGAUGCUUUUAUUGACUCAGCAUCAGCGGCGGCGGCAUCCGUCCUCGCCGAGCCGCCACUAAAUCAUACCCACUCCACCACGCCUCGUCGCUGUCACACACACACUGUGAAGUCUGCGUCUGUGUGUGUCUGUGAUUGAUCUUUAUUUUCCACAGCUGCUUUUUCUCUUUUUUUGUGCUGCGAUGUGCAGUUUGUCGUCUGAAACAGAGAAAGCUUCAUUUAAAAUGUGAUGUAUGGCUGUUUGAAGACGGAGGAACAGAAAAAACGCUCAGAGACAGAAACGUGCACGUCCUCGAUCCUCCAUCAGACGUCAGAUUUAUGAGUCAGAUCUUACAAACGUGCGACUCUGACGGUAAAACAAACAAUUUAUGAGGUUUCAACUUUUUUAUUCACGUUUUUUCUUCAAGUAAAAACAGAAAAUUAUAAAAAAUUAUCAAUAAAACAUGAAAAACUUGAACUUUUAUUUUGACUCGCUUUUGUCUGCAAAGAAAAUAUUCAGUUAAAAACUGAUUUAAGGUUAUUUUUGAUACUUUACAUAAUUUCCUUUUAAGUGCACGAAUUAAAAACAUUGAAGUUUGAUUUGUGAGAUUUAAAAGAAGAUCUGCUGCCGACCAUCAACCAAAAAAAACGAUUUUUUUUUCUGUUAAAAAGUGACAAAAAUAAUCAACUUUAAUCAGUUUAAUCAGUUUUAAUUUGAUUUUGUUUUAAAAGAUGAAAAUAGAAGAGAGGAAAAGUUAAACUGAAAUAAAGGCUUCGUUCACACGGCAGGUUAUGAUACAUUUUUAGUUCAAUCUGUCCGUGAAGUGACCCGCAUGCUCACAAAACACAAAUAUCUUCCCGCUCCUGUUUGUGUCGUCGAACAACGGUGACGUUUGUCUCAUAUUGAUGACGUAAAGGUCGAUAAACGCGACCUGAGCGUCCACACUGCAGUCACAUCAGAUACAUAUCAGAUUUAUAUCCACAUACAGAAGAGGCCUGGGUCGGAUCAGAACCAAUCAGAACUGACCUGUUCACACUUAGAUGAAAACAUCAGAUAUGAGUCACAGAUGGUUAAAACAUCAGAAUUAACCUGCAGUCUGAACGUAGACUAAGUCUGAAUUUAAAAACACGUUUGAGUUAGGGAUGGGCGAUAAAUUAUCGUUCACGAUAAAUCGUCAGAAAAAUCCUCCAUGAUAAAUAUUUGCUGUUUCAUGAUAAAUACGAUAAAUGCAAGUUGAUGAUGUAAGUGUGAGGGACUGUUACUGAACGAUGACGGAUGACGGAUUUCCUUCAAGAUCGGGGUUUAGACGAGUCCGAUCAAGUCUGCCUGACAUCAGAGAGAGGAUCCGCUGCUCUUCACUCUGUGUAAUCAGAGUUUUAAACUUGUUUGUCACUCGUUUUCUUCAUAACCAACCACUCAAUCUUGUGGAUCAGUUUCUUAUUUGACGACUCCAACUGGUGUUCUCAAGACAAAAUGAGUCAAAAAUAGAGAUUACAAUUAUACUUUUAUCGUUACCGCCAGACAGACAAAUCUUAUCAUGAUUAAUUUUUAGCCCAUAUCGCCCGGCCUGAGUUUGAGUCCAGGUUGUAUCUGCAGAUUAAGUCUCUUCACCUCCAAUAAAUCAAUAUCAACACUAAAAUUAUGAUAUACUCGAAAUUUGCAUGUUUUACUCUCUACUGCCUCCUUCUGUCCAUCUGCAUCAGCUGCUUGGCCUUUUUUUAAUCUAUCGUGAAACCAGGUAAAAAAACACCACAUACUUUAAAUCAGACUGUAAAUAAAGCAGCUGACGGAGUCGAGCCUGACCGUCUGACCGUCUGACUCUGAUCCAGUUUCUGUCCGUCUGUGUUUCUGGUUUUCUAAAUUCCUGGUCUCUGUUCGCAGGUUUCCUGGACUGGGUCCCAAAGAAGAUGCAGCGUGUGGGCUGCAUGGAGCUGCUCAACACGGUGCAGAGGAGAGUCCAGCCCAAGUUACACGUGUUCGGACACAUUCAUGAAGGUACGUCUACGAUCAGAGACAUAAAAACGGUUCAAACUUUGAUGAUUUUAAACAUUUACAGAAACUCAGUGACGUGUUUAAACUCCUGCGUGUGUCAAACAGUAAAAAACGACGUUUGUUUUAAACGUUUGUGUCCAUCAGAGCAGUAGAGUCCUCCUGUUAAACCAAACACACUCUCACACAUAAACAAAGACGGCUUUGUCCACAGGGGGCGCCAGAGUCAGCACAAAACAAAAGUUCCUCACAGGAGCUUUAAGGGUGACGGUUUUCUGCAGCUUUUGUUGAGACAGUCUGUCAGAUUUCAGGUCCUCCUGAUUUCUACGUGUAACCACCUUCAUCCUGAUCGUCUCCUAAAAGGUCGUAUCCUCCGAUCGUAGCUGAUCGUAACCAUUCAAGUUAACGUGUCAAUUUACACCGACUUCUUUCCGUUCCUCUGCGGAUCGCCGGACUCCUCAGCUGAUCACAAGAGUUCUAUUUUUUCUGGACGCCGGAGCAUGGCGGAUAAAUUCAGCACAGAUUAACCCGUGCUGGAAAGGAAGUCGGGCACAGACACAAAAUAAAACAUCCGGCUUCUUUUCAAAAUAAAACACUCUGUGUUUCAGGCGACGCAAGGUUUUUAGACGUCAUUUCACCCCGAUGACACCAUGGAUGAGGAGAUGCUGAUUCUAGAAGUCUAGAAGUAGAUUUCCUCCUCUGGAAGGACACAAUCUACUGCUGAUAUGUCUAUGUGUCUGUCUUUAGAGAGACAACUCGUUAUCGUGCGAUUGAACGUGAAUCUGAGAUUAACGAAAUUCGCCUCACAAAUGAUCCGGUAGGAAUUGGCGUACGGCAAAAAUGACCGCUGUUCCGGAUGGAGUGGAAAUCCUGUUUUAGUGUGAUGGUGGUAAAAAAAAUCUGGUGUGUCACUGCGUUUGAGCAGAAGUCCAUCACUAACACGCACACCAGUUAGACGUCAGGAGUCCGAAUCCAAAACCGCCAUACUAAGAGCUGAACAUCAGGACUCAGGCCGGACUCAAGUCCUCGAAACUCUUCUGCUAACUCCGUCUUUUUCCUCGUAACCUCGGAGGAGAUGGAAAUUCUGCACCAAGCUUGAAGAAAUUAUCAGAGAAAUGAGCUUCCAGAUGCCCAUCAGCAUUUCAUCCAGGCCAGCGAGGGCAGAGAGGCCGCCUCCCCGGACUCAGGUUUGCUUUUUCAGGGUUAUCAGGUCAGCGCCGAGCCCCUGGAGCCGCCGUCCCCCUUCAGCGAGGAACCAGAUUAGAAAACUAGAUCAGCUUUUAAAGGAGGAGCGCGGCGCUGAAAGCCGCUCUCUUUAUACGAUUAAGAGGAGAGAAAUUCAUAAAGACAUAAAUUAUCCCCUCAGUGUUUUUAUUCAUGUAUUCGGGGAUCGGGAAAAAGAGCGGCGCGGACACGCAGAGAUCUGUUCCAAGAGCUGCUGAAAAGCGACACCUACACUCCACCGAAUCACUGAUGGUGCAGAGUUAAACUGCACUACUUUUUUGGAGAUGGUUGUUAACUUAUGCUCGACAAAAUGGUCACACUUUCAGAUCUGCCAUUUGGAAGCGGCGUUGCUCCAAAGAGGCUUUCGAGCACAGAUUCUUUUAGCUGUAGUGGUGUUAGUGUCACACUCUCAUGCAUACAUUUGCUCAAACUGGAUCCUCACAGUUUUUUAGAGACGAAGAGGAGCUGUGAUACUAACAGCUUUUGUGUGUUUAUCGUAGAAGCAGACCCCGGCGCCGCCUCCAAGUUCAGUUUGACCGUUUUUAUUUAUCGGCGUCUAUAUGAGGAGGAAUUUCCUGCAGGAUUUUAAUUAAAUCAAAUCUUAGAAAUUAGAUGAAAACAUGAAAUGUAAAAAAGCAUCUAUGGAGGAUUCAUCUCCGAACUCCAACCCUGGUUUUAUUUUCAGUCUAACAUGUUUAAUCUGCAGGAAAACUUUGACGUUUUUUUGUGUUUUUUCUUUAACACAGUUUUUGUUUGUUCGGUAGUCUCUCUCUGAGAACAGAAAUUUAUUUAGUGAUUAGUUUCUCCCUGAAAUGUAACGCCUGAGAGAGGCAGGUGGCGAAUCUGCGGCAAACACUUUUAGAGAAAACUGUGGUGAAAACAGCGAGAGUGACGAGACAACUGUGGUCUAUUUUCAGGGAAAGUCGAGACAAUAAAAACACGCCGUGACAGCAGGAGGGAGAAAAACGGUCCGUUUCAAAUAAAUACGGCGGACGAAACUUUCUCACAGAACAGUCAGAGCGGGUGGCGUCCGUUCGAUGGCCCAAACUUGGAUUGUAGUUUCAUGGGUGGGGUGACCAUUUCCACAACGCCAAAGAGGAGGACACUUAAGUGAGGAAAGAAAAAUCACAACAUACAACUUUAGUGAACUCCCCACGACAAAACGCUUCUGUACAUGAUAACGAUGGUAUCAUGAGAGAGCGAUUCUCAGAUACUCUGUUCAUCACAUGACAAAUUAUCUUUGAUAUAAACCUUCCUCUUUCGGACUAAUUUAAUCUGCUGACUGUUUUUAUUGUUUUUGUCCUGUUGUUUGAUUUUACUGUUAUUGUCUUUUUUUUUCUGUUUUCGUUGUGCACUUUGAGAUUUGUUUUCAGAUGUAAAGUGCGUUACAAAUAAAAUCUAUUAUUAUUAUUAUUAUUAUUAUUAUGAUGUUUGUUUAAAAGAAGAGGAAAAAUAUUCCUGAGAAGGUGGAAAAUUUUUUCACAGUAUUUGUAUUUAUUUUAUACAUCCGUCACGCAAACAAGAACAUUUACGGCCUUAAAUGUGAAAAUUCAAUUUACAUAAAAGCAAAUAAAUAAAUGCAAAAAAUACACAUUCCAGUUUUUAACAAGCAUAUAGAACUUUUUUUAAUAUAAACAACAAAAGACAGUCAGUCCGUUUCCAUGACACUCGAGAAAACACGAAUUAUCGCCUUAUUCCGAUGAAAACCGGACUAUGAAGAUUCACACACACACAGGCUCUCUCUGCUCACACACUAUCGUGCACACACAUGCACGCGCCAUCAUACACGUCAUGAUUCUAAUCUACGUUCUGAUGGCGAAAUAUAAUUGGUCCAUUCAUUUUCCAUCGUUAUUCCGACGUGGUUGAAAGUUGAAGCGUUGGUCGUUGACGUUUUAGCCGUUCAACUAUCGUCCAUGACUUUGCAGGUCUUGAUAAGUAUUCGUCGUGUCGCCCCCUGAUGGAGCGACAGCAGCGCGGCAGGUUCUGCACACGUUGCGCAGCAGCAUCUUUUUUAGCCGGAAUAAAUCCACACGACCGCCGCGCUGCUCGUCUUUGGUACUUCCUGCAGUGUCAGCUUCCGUGGCGAAAUUAGGCGGCAACGCGACAGAGUGUAGUGUUGACUUCUCACAUGACCAGAUCAUCGCAGCCUUUGCGGUUUGAAAAUCGCAUUUUGGCAAUUUAAUCGCAAAGUAAUCGUUCAGCCCGACCCAAAAAGCUCCUCCCAUGUAUCGGAGCGACAGACUGUCAGCGCUGUGAUUGGUCCGUUUGUAACUUUGUUUACCUUUUCUGUUCCUCAGGUUACGGCAUGAUGACGGACGGCACCACGACGUUCGUGAACGCCUCCGCUUGCACCGUCAACUUCCUGCCCAUGAACCCACCCAUCGUCUUCGACCUCCCGAACCCUCGGACCACAUGACUAGAGGAGGCCGGCGCCCAAACGCCAGCAGCCAAUCAGGAGAAGGGAGCCCGGAGAGGUAGGUGAGGUCGGUGGGCAGCGCGCACCGAAAUCUGUAAAUACGACACGGGUGUGUUUUUCGGCGAGACACGAACUGCGAGGAAACGAAGAGGAUCAACAACGUUAUUGUAAUUUCAUGCGCCGACAUUUUUUCAUCUCGAAGACGACACGGGGAUGAAACAGGAAGUCCGACAGCGCCGAGGACGCGCUCUCUUUACGUGACUUGCACUGACAAUCUUGACUUUGCUCUUAAAGAGACAGGACUCCUGGAUGUCUGUGUUCCUUUAUUUCCACUUUCAUUUUAAAGAGCGUCGACGAAACUUCGCUUUCGCCGCUCUGAAACUCUCACCGGGAGAAUCCGAACCUUCUCUCCUCUCCUGGUUUUGAACAUGAAUUUUUCCGUCUUUUUCGCCUCUCUCUCUCUCUCUCUCCUUCUUCCUCUUCCUCUCCGCUCCUCAGGCCUGUGUGUGUUAUAAUCUUGUUUUUUUCUUCUUGGGUGCAUGUGUGUGAUCAAAGCGAGUGUGUGAGGGCAGCCAGAGGUCUCUGCCAGGGGCGGUUAGAGAGCCGGAGUGUCAGACAUGUUGACACGGCUCCCCUGGGCCUCAUUACAGCCCUCAUAAGCCUGUUAACGUACGAAGAGGAGGAAGAGGAUGCGGGGAAACCACGCGCAGCUCUUCCCUCUGAAUAUUUCAUGCUGUGAUCUCGGAUUUCUGGACUUUUGGACCCGGAUAGCAUGAAGCAAAGGUGCUACAUGCGGAGGCUUCUUCUGGACUGUGCUUUUAGCCGAGAAACUGAACUUUCGGUCCUUUCUACGAGGAGUGACGCUGUAAUUAAAUGUACUGUAACUGGUCCAUGUAAAUGUUCUCUGUCACUGUAAAGAAAAAAUAACUUUUCUUGAAGAUUUUCAAGUAUUUGCAAUGCUUUUCAAAAGAAACCUGUUAAUAUUUGUGUGGUUGUAGCCUUUUCUUUGCGGUGUAAAUCUUCUUGUGUUUUUCUUCUUCUCUGUGAAGAAGCAGGUCGGCUCAUCUUUGUGAUUCGUGUCCCAGAGCGUUCGUCUGAGCUUUUAAAGAAGAGCUUUUAUUUAUUUUCUGAAUGAUAAAAUCCUCACUGAGAGUCUGAAUGUGCUCGGCAUAACAAGACCCCGUCACACUUUGAUCUCCGUGCUCUUCGACAUUAUGUUUGAACGCUCCCUCCGGCUGAGGUUUUACUCGCGCUUCACUCUCGCCUCUUCAGCACAUCAGCGCUCGUUCUGCCGCCUGACGUCUUAAUGUUUCCAAACGGCGAAAAAAAAAAAAAGAGAGAGGGAGAGAAAAGAGGAUUGCUCGCCCAGGAAAAAAAAAAAACAUGUCUGCAGAGAAACGGAGGAGGCGGUGCACUUGUUAGAGCGACGCUGACUGACUGUGAUUCAUGCAAACGUGACGUGGAGCAGUUGGAGUUAGAAGACCUGAAAACUGAGGACUUUAAUCUGGUCUACAAUUAACUUGGGGUCCACUGUUAAAAAAUGGAGGCAAAGAUUACAGAUAAUUUAAGCACUUAAGGCAGAAAACAAACAUCUCAGCUGAACUAAAGUGACACCAGUUUUCGUACUGUAAACAAAGGUGCCAGGCCUUUAUAUGAAACAGGCUUUUAUUAGAGGCAGAUUAUCUGUGUCUUUAAUUUAAGGGUCAGUUUGAGGAUUACAAUUAUUCCCAUUUUAGCAGAAAACGACGUUUCCUAAUUUACUAAGUUUAAUCGGUCCUCAAACAGCUCUGCAGAGCGAGUAUCGUCUCAUCGUGGAAAAUAAGCUGCACUAUAAAAACUGCUGAUGUUUUUAUCAGUGCAGCUUUAAUAAUAAUAAUAAUAAUAAUAAAAAAUCUAAUCACUUACAAGCUUUGUCAUUAUUACAGAAGAUGGUUAGGGCCACUAAAAAAAAAAGAAAUAAAAAAGGUUUGAUAUAAUUUUUUUUAAUUAUCAAAAAGUCAGAAUUACGACUUUUUUAUCUCAGAAAAAUAAUUUAAAAAACAAUGUGAGUUCACAGAGUUAAUACUAUGUUUACAUCAGUGAACCUUUAAUAAAAAUGAAAAAUCUGAUCACUUACAGGCUUUGCCUUUAUUAUAGAAGACGAUCAGGGCCACUGAACAAAAGGGGGGAAAAAAAGGUUGAUAUAAUUUUUUUGAAAUUAUUAUUAUUAUGAGAUUAAUCUCAGAAUUCAGACUUUUUUUCUCAGAACAACAACAACAAAAAUAAUAAUAAUAAUAAUAAUAAACAUUUUAAAAAAUUUAAAAAUAAUUAUUAUAUCAGACCUUUUUUUUCUCAGUGGCCCUAAUCCUCUUCCGUACAUUACACACGAUGGAGCACUGAUUUAUUUUUCCCAUCAUGCCUUUUGUUUCCUCGCUCCAGAAGGUUAUAAAAUGCGACUCCAUAAUAAACCAAUGAGGACCUUUCCAUCCUCACCUGAGAGCCGUCAGGAUUAGAGCUCACAGCGCAGCUCUGAGCAGCUGAGAGCGGAGGACAGUUCGCUGUAAUCUCAGGGGUGAGGUGUCUAAUCUGACGUUUUCCUACUAUCAUGUGGAAGAUUUAUAAUGAUCGUAAACACACCAGUUCGAUGAAGAAUAUUAAUGUGGUCCAGCUGAUCAGUGAGAGUCGCCCUUUUUCGCUCUAACAGGAUGUGAUCUGAGUUGAUUUUUAGCGGAAUCUCUGCUGAUCAAACUCCGACUAAAACUCUUUUUUUCUUUUUUUGAGAAUAUUCGAUAAACUUCCUGUAAGUCAGUCAAACAGGUAAAACUCCCUCUGCUCCACACCUCCGUUGUUCCUCAGAAACACGCCGCGGCGCCGCUCUCCCAGUAACACACCCCACUCCACUAAUUGGUUUUGAUGGAUCAGAGGACCAUGUGAUGGUUCUUUGUUGAAAUCUGGCACCAGAUAUCAGCUCUGCUCUUCAAAGCUGCAGGAUUUCGGGGAUGAAGUGCGGACUUUCGAUCGGGGUUCGUCUUGAUAGUUUGAAUGUUUGCGGUUGAAUUAAAACACAAACUUAAUUAAAGUCGUUGAAGGAGGAAAAAGGAAUAAAGGGAAAGAGAUUUUAAAAACCCAAAUCUGGGAGGAACUUUCAUCUCCAAGUUUUGAUCGAGAGCUGUCUGUUUUCCUCAUUUCCACGUCUCCACUUUGAUGCCGUCCUGCUUCAAUAGCCGUGUUAUGUGUUUCCUGUUUUUUCUAAGAAAGAAAAAGUUCAGUACUAUUUAUUGAUUUCUUUCUUGAGGCAUGCUUAAAGGAGUUAAUGACUUCUGCUACUCAGACAAUCUGCAUAUGAAGAGGUUUGUUCCAAAAUGAGGUACGUGCCGUUUGAAAGAAGAAGAAGAGGGACGCCUACAGAAGAAGAAGAAGAAGAAGAGGAGAUGAUCGACAGCUCCAACUAGAAAGCAGAUUGUUGUGUUUUGUUUUUUCAGGAUUAUUAAUAAUUUAUUUACCUGCUGGAGCCUUUUUCUUUCAGCGCUCUGAACCGAGGGUCUCGUUUUCAAAGGUGCAUAUAUCAUUUUGGGAUAAAAGCGUUCAUAUGGUGUUGUGGAGGUUUUUUUAAACUGUUGGGUAAAAAAAAAAAAAAAGAAAAAGAAACUCUAAAAAUGUAAAAUACUUUUCUUUCUUAAACCCUGAAGUUUCUGCUGGUUCUGAGAGAUUAUCCACUGAUUGAAUAAAACCUUAUCUGUGA